AUGGGUCGGACCGUCGACCAGGAAGUUCACGCGGCGUUCGUCGAGUUCCGCGCCAAGGAAGACGAUAAGUGUCUUUCCGUCCAGUGUAUCUACUGCCAGCAGAUUCGCGCAAAGAACACCUCACGCCAGAAGCAGCACCUGCUCGAGUGUCCCGGUCUCCGCGGCCACACCAACCCCCAGGCCCAGUCCCAGUCCGCCCCCUCUGCCCCGAAUGGCAUCGCCGCUGCCAAUGGAUACCCUCCCACCCCCAAUGGUGCUGCGGCCACCGCGCCGGGUGCUGCUCCUGGGCCCGGUGCUCUUCCGACUCCCAACGGUCCCAUGAUGUCCAACGGUGUCAAUCCUCAUGCUACCCCGAUGCAGACGCCAUUGCAGAACAUGCAGAGUCGCGCCUCUCUCCCAACAUCAGGCCCGGCCGGAACCGCGUCCACCGUCUCUGCCACCCAGCAGGCAGCUCGUGCCACUCCCAAAGCGAAGCCUAAGAACUCGACCUCGAACCUUCCUGCCCCUCCCCUCGAUGACGUUCAUGCCGCGUUCGUGGAGUUCCGUGCCAAAGAAGAAGACAAGGUGAGCGAGGACAUGGCCCGCGUGUUGCCCGAUAGAACCCUAUGUCUGACAGGAGACCCCCACCAGUGUCUGUCCGUUCAAUGCAUCUAUUGCCAGCAGGUCCGCGCAAAGAACACCAGCCGUCAACGUCAGCACCUGUUGGAAUGCCCCACCUACCUUAGUGUUAUGAAAGAUUCGAUCCCCGCAAACAACCUUCUUCAUACCUUCCCCGAAGGCGACGUGGCGCGUUCCCUGCAGAUCCCCGCGCCUACCCUGGAGCUGGACUUCCGCAUGAGCAUUAAGAUGAACCCGAAGGUGUCGGUAGGUGAGAGUAUUUGGGGUCAACGUGACUGGGUAACAUUCGUCGGUGGUCAGUGGGCUGGUCGAUGGGGUAAGGGUGUCGUUCUGCCUGGAGGACAAGACUCGCAGGUCGUGACCAAGGAAUCUUCUACACACCUCCGAGCGAGCUACAUGCUCCAGACCGCCGACGAUCCCCCCGCAUACAUUGUUGUCAAGACCAACGGCUGGUUGACCGGAGCCAAGGACAUUCUGGACAAGGUUAACGACCCCGGUAUGGCGGAUAGUAUCAACCCCAAUACAUACAAAUAUCGCAUCAACUUGAACAUGGAAACUGGAGACGAACGUUACGCGUUUUUAAACACUCUGAUGUGGAUUGGAAGUGGCUGCCGCAGGGGCCACGAAGUCAUCUUUGAUGCAUUCCGCGUCAACUAA